AUGGUCAUCGGUGUCGCCAAAGUGAGGGAGCAUGAGCACCUCAUGAUGCGGUUGAACAGUGUUCCCUUGGAGCAGCGGGCUGACCAUCCACGCCUAGAAGAGGCUGUGAGACUCCUUCUGUGCCAUCACCACAAGCACACUGAUUUCGAUAAGGAGCUAGAGGAUGAUUCGCAGAAGUUUCAAGAUGCAGCGGAGGCGGCGAAGGAAGCAGAGGCGGCCCGAGUCAAGCGGGAGAAACCCACUCCCCAGAAGCGGCCCGACAUUCUUCGAAAGACAACCGUCCAGUUCAUCACUCCAUUUCCGCUUCCUGUGACUCGUCGAGGAGCCGAGUUGGCCGAAGGAUCUGCCGCGAACUCGGGGAGUUCUGGGCGCCGGCUUCAAGCCAGAGACAUCCCUUCUGAGUCUGAGUCUGACUCGGACUUGGAGAGCGAUGGUAGUGAAGAUGAUGAUGUUCAUCCCCUGAAGGCUUGGAAACGUUACGACUCCAAGUGGAAGGCAAUAGAGAAAUCUGGGUUGGAAGAAGGGCUUCCUGUGGUAGACCAAGUACCGUGGCCCGUGGCUUCAGGCAAGCACCAAGAUGUCAACAAUCAAGCGGUCGCUACGUUCUUCAAUAAUGUUGCAGAUGAGCAUGACAAGACCGGUUGUAGGGCGAUAUCCUCGCAUGAACGCAUGCGCUGGUACUCUAGAAAUGUCAAGGACACCUUUGGCCGAGACGUCUAUGAAGGAAUCUUGAAGAAGGAGUUGAAAAUGAUUUCUUCAGCUGCAAAGGAGUUCAGGAAGCUAUACUCGCAGUAG